CUGACCGUGGCCGCAGUAUUCAGGGGCCGCAUGUCCAUGAAGGAGGUGGAUGAGCAGAUGCUGAACGUCCAAAACAAGAACAGCAGCUACUUCGUGGAGUGGAUCCCCAACAACGUGAAGACCGCCGUGUGCGACAUCCCGCCCCGGGGGCUUAAGAUGUCUGCCACCUUCAUCGGCAACAGCACGGCCAUCCAGGAGCUGUUCAAGCGCAUCUCGGAGCAGUUCACGGCCAUGUUCCGGCGCAAGGCCUUCCUGCACUGGUACACGGGCGAGGGCAUGGACGAGAUGGAGUUCACCGAGGCCGAGAGCAACAUGAACGACCUGGUGUCCGAGUACCAGCAGUACCAGGACGCCACGGCCGAGGAGGAGGGCGAGUUCGAGGAGGAGGCGGAGGAGGAGGUGGCCGGGGAGGAGGUGGCCUAGAGCUGUUACCUGGUGAAGCGCGUGGAAGCGGUGUGAACGCUUUAUUCACUCACAACCUGUUCUCUGUGUGCACUUGCUCUCCUUCCUGUCUUGACGUCACAUUGCUGUCCAGACGCCGCCAUUAAAGCAUUUUCA